AUGGCAGCCAAAUCCAAGACUCUUCAGGUGAUCGGGAAGCACUUAGUUAACAGCCUCCGUUCAUGCGCUUUCCCACGCGCCGUCGCAUCUGAUCUUUCCGUUUCUCGGAAUGGUCACACAUCAGCGUAUGAUAAGAACGUAGAGGAAGAAUUGCAACCGAGUAAAGUGCCUGAUGAAUUGAUAAAGUCCGAGUCUGACAAAUAUUGGUCUCCUCAUCCUCAGACCGGUGUCUUUGGACCUUCCUCAUCCUCCACCACCGACAUGGCCGACGAGAAGCUUUCUCGCGGUAGUCAAGAGGACUCCGGAAUGGAGGAGAAAGCUUGGUUCCGUCCAACAAGCCUCGAGGAUUUUGACAAGACUCACCACUCCUAG